AUGGUGAGUAAAGCCUUCGUCGUAGCCUUCGUGCUUCAUCUUGCCAGCUGCGAGGAGUGCCAAAACUGUGGAGAGCCCGUGAGCUUGCUUCAGUCGCGAGCACACGAAGGCUCCAUGGCCUCAAAGGGCCAGUCCAUCGUCGUGAAAGGCCCCUCGAAAUCGAGCGGCUCACCAGCAGAGCAGCUGGCACCGACCUGCGCAGCGGGAUUCAAUGCCGCCUACGAGAAAUGUUUGGGAGGAAAAAACAGCUAUUUGAUGAUCAUUGUCGCUGAUGAGAAGGAAGCCUAUUGCGCCUACACUGGUGGCUGGGCACAGACGUCUGAGUACUAUCCGGAUCCUUCUGCGUGCUUCGCGAGCCCGGGUCAGUCGGAAGCUCUUUUCUACGAUGCAACAUCCCAAUCUCUGGUGACAUGGUCCAAGGAGACGGCGGUCGCAGGCCCACUGAAGCAGGACAGGCUCUUCGCUGAGAUCGAACCAAAAACUCCAACAUAA